UGCUUUUAAAUUUGUGAUAUUGUGCUAUAUUUAAGAUGCCCUGGACCAGACCAGAGUCGGUUCCAGUUGGAAAAGUGUGGAGCAGAUUCCAAGGCAGAGAGAGAAAUGGAAAACCAGCCUGUAUGUAUCAAAUCCGAGACAUGGAGGCGCGUGAUAGAAGACAGUGUCUGGACAUGAUGCAGCAGACCUUCCUUGAUGAUGAACCGCUCUGCCAAGUCUUAGAAAUAAAAAAAGACCCAGCAUCGAUACAAACCAUCAGGGAUAACUGGGAGGCCAUGGCGGACCAGGGGAUAUGCAUAGCUUGUUACAGUGAGGAGAACGGCCAGCCCAAGGAUCUAGUUGGGUUUAACAUCCUUGUGGUGAAGAGUAUAGAUGAUGAUGAUGAAGAUUUCGAUAGUAUAAAAGGGGAGCAGUGGAAGAAACUCCUGCUCACUCUUACAGCUACGGAAGAGCUGGUCAAUCUCUUCCAGCAUUUCGCUGUGAGUGAGUACCUGACGUCGAGUGGGCUCGCUGUAGUGAGUGAGCACCGCGGCCAGAACAUUGGUGCUAAGCUGAUAGCAGCUAGGGAACAAAUAUGUAAAGCGUUCGGGCUGCAAGCAGUUGCCACAGUAUUCACGGCCAUACCCUCCCAGGUGCUAGCCGCUAAAUGUGGCUACCAAGUACUGGCAGAACUACCGUACGCUGAGAUGAGAAAGCAUGGCGUCGAUCUGACUAAAUGCUCCACACCUAGCGCUAAGUUAAUGGGAAUUAAAUAUAGUUAGGGUCAGUUUGAUAGUUCCACA